AUGGGUAAAACUUCGUUUCAUAUUGACCUAUCAAAAUGAAACUUGGCAUACGGACGCAUAAUCACUAACUGAAAUUUUUUUCCAAAUUUUGUUGAAAAAUUCUUAUAAUUACGACAGUUAUGGAAAAUCGAGAAUAGGUGUUAUACUAGUUAUCGGAUAUCCUUACCACACUCUAACAGAAUGGACACCGACGACGUCGAAUCCAAUACGAGUAGCGCCAUGUCUACAUUAGGCACAUUAUUCUCUUUCACAUCACCGGCGGUAAAAAAGCUUCUUGGCUGGAAGCAAGGGGAUGAGGAAGAAAAAUGGGCCGAAAAGGCCGUAGAUAGUUUGGUUAAAAAGUUGAAGAAACGUAAGGGCGCCAUUGAAGAGCUGGAGCGUGCGCUGUCCUGUCCCGGUCAGCCAUCCAAAUGCGUUACCAUACCACGCUCCCUCGAUGGUCGUUUACAGGUCUCUCAUCGUAAGGGGUUGCCUCAUGUCAUUUAUUGCCGCGUCUGGCGUUGGCCCGACUUACAAUCGCAUCAUGAGCUGAAACCUCUUGAGAUUUGUCAAUAUCCAUUUAGCGCAAAACAGAAAGAGGUAUGCAUAAACCCGUAUCAUUAUAAACGCGUAGAGAGUCCAGUAUUGCCCCCGGUUUUGGUACCGCGUCACUCAGAGUUUGCACCAGGACACUCAUUGCUUCAGUUCAAUCAAAUGGCCGAGCCCAAUAUGCCACACAAUGUAAGCUAUUCCAGCAGCGGUUUUAAUUCUCACAGCAUGGGAAAUAGCAACACAUCUGUGGGCAGUCCCAGUUCCGUGAACUCCAAUCCUAACUCGCCCUAUGACAGCCUAGCGGGAACACCGCCACCCGCUUAUAGUCCAUCCGAGGAUGGCAAUUCCAAUAAUCCCAAUGAUGGCGCACAAAUGAUCGAUGCGCAAAUGGGCGAUGUGGCGCAGGUUAGCUACUCGGAGCCAGCCUUUUGGGCAUCUAUUGCUUAUUAUGAGCUAAAUUGUCGUGUCGGCGAGGUAUUUCACUGUAACAACAACUCGGUGAUUGUAGAUGGCUUUACGAAUCCAUCCAACAAUUCUGACCGCUGCUGCCUGGGCCAGUUAAGCAAUGUGAAUCGUAACAGUACCAUAGAGAACACACGCCGUCAUAUAGGCAAAGGUGUGCAUCUGUAUUAUGUGACCGGAGAGGUCUAUGCCGAAUGUCUCUCUGACUCUGCCAUAUUUGUGCAGUCGCGCAACUGUAACUAUCACCACGGCUUUCAUCCGAGUACUGUGUGUAAAAUACCCCCCGGGUGUUCUCUGAAGAUCUUCAAUAAUCAGGAAUUUGCUCAACUGCUCUCGCAAUCAGUCAACAACGGAUUCGAAGCCGUCUACGAGUUGACGAAAAUGUGCACAAUACGCAUGUCAUUUGUAAAGGGUUGGGGCGCUGAAUAUCAUCGCCAGGAUGUGACCUCAACGCCCUGUUGGAUUGAAAUACACUUGCAUGGGCCGUUGCAAUGGUUAGACAAAGUGCUAACGCAAAUGGGGUCACCGCAUAAUGCAAUUAGUUCGGUAUCUUAAGCUAAUGUUUUUGGUUUAACUGUAAAACCAACGCAGAAAGUAAGUCAAGCUAUAAAAGAGUAAAAUCCAUAGGCUCAUCAUAUGCAGCAACAAAUAAGCUGAUACAUGAGCAAUAAAUGCGAAGUAUUCAGGAUAAAUGUGUCGAAUAUUUCUUAUAAGUAUGCAUUCAUGAAAUGCAUACUGCCAUUGCCUGAUAUGUAUGCUGGAAAACAUUUACUCACCCGCCUUUCGCCUAUUUAAUAGUUUACUAUAUGGAUUUUUACGCUUGUGGUCUGUUUGUCAUUCCUUAAGCAAAAAUAAAACAAAAUAAAGCGAUAUGCGGAGAAUAUAAAGCAACAAUCGAAAUGAUAUUUAUAAAACUGUUCCACAUAGGCAUACUCUCUUAGCGCUAUUGUACAAGCCUUAUUGCAAGUAAUACCAUAUGUAUGUGUCGUGCACCUUGCUUUAAAUGUAACAACAAAACCUAUACCAUACAAUUACACCUAACGUGCCCAUUUACUGGCAAAAUACAAACAACUAUUUACUAUGCUUAAUUAUGAAAAGGCAAAACUUAUUCAGCAAAACUCAAUUUCUAUGUUACAUUUUCUUACUUUGCCUUUAUCAACAAUUUCGAUUGUUUAAAACAAUAAGUUUAACUAAUUUUAGGUUUGAUAUCCACCCAAAAACAAAAAGUUAAUGUGAAAUAAAAUUUUAUUUUUAAUUUUUUACAAUCAA